AUGUCGACAACCCUUCCGAAAAAUGGGGAUUCACGUCUCUUAUCUCUGCCCAUUAGGGCGUCUGCCUACCACCAAGAUCCUCUGAUUUAUAUUGACCGUCAAGCGAAACACAUCCAACAUAACCUACAGGCUCUUAUCGACGCUCAGAGCGAAGGUCUCCUAGCAGGUCUCCAAGGACCUCAGUUAAACGAGACACCUACUGGGAGCUCUACCCCUUCCGCAGAAAUCAACGUCCUGCAGACGCCCUUGACCGUUCCAGUCAGACAACCGGCUGCGGAGAAGAUUAGCUUGCGUGCUGCGCGCGAAGGAAUUUUUAAAUCCAUAUUUGACUUGCUGAAACUUAGGGAGGAGGAGCGAGAGGUACUCACAGCUUGUGUUGCCAUACGAACUGACGCGCUGGAUGAAAUCAACGGCUUUAUCACCAAAAAAACCGGGCUCGAGGAGGCUGUGUCGACAAUUCACAACAAUAGAGAAAGUCAACGCACCAAGGAACUUCGAGAGGAGGGUCAUAAGCUAGAGGCGGACAUUCAUGAGUUGGAGACAAAGCUAUCUCAAAUGAGAGCAAGGCAUCGUCAUGUCAUGGAAGAGCUAGCAUAUAUGGAAAACUCGGUGGACUCCAAGUUAUCCUCCUACAAGGCCUCCUUAUCCCUGUUAGAAUCGGACAUCCAAAAGUUCCUUCAGAAACCCCCUGUCCCACCCCAAUCGAGCUUCGCUAAUGGUGCAACAUUAUAUUCAUUGAACCCUAAACGCCGGACGCUUGAUAUGGCCCGAGAGCAUUGGACAACGGAGCAGUCCGAAUUGCGAAAGAGGCAAGAAGAAGUAGACCUUGAGAUACAGGCACUUGAGGCCGGAGGGGGAGUCUGGAAACAAGUUGUUUUAGAAGUUUGUCGAUUCGAAAGACGGCUAAAGAUAGCAAUGCGUCGUUCACUACAGAAUCAGUCGCAAGUUUUAGAAUCUUCUAGGGUUGUUGAUAAUAACUCCGAACUUGACCAUGUUCGUUGGAUUUUGGAAGACCUACACAAUACAACAGAGCACGUGGAACACUAUCUAGGAGUUGCAGAGGAGAGGGACUGGAAAUUGCUUGUCUGUUGCAUUGCGGCUGAACUCGAAGCAUUGCGGGAUGCGCGAGAAAUGCUUCUUGACGCCUUCGAUAUUUCGGAUGAAGACCCUUCGCUUUCUUCAGAACGAAGGGUGCCUGACAAGCCUGAAGAAGAUAACCUGCAUGAUCCACGUCAAGAUACUCUUGGUGUCGACAAUCCCGACCCUCCCGCUGAUCUAUUAAAGGAUGUUGAAGGACAUCAUUCUGACACCAUUUCUAGAUCGGAAGACGAAGAUGAUGAGCCGGAUCCUGCGUGGCUACUACCGGAAAGUUAA